ACCAGUUGCGACGGUUAGCAACCAGCAACCUCAAAGUCAACAAACAGCAACAAAAAUCUUCAGUACAAAUAUAAUUGUAGAUAGAUCUAAGGAAACGUUAAAAUGAGUGGAAACACCUCAGCAGUUUUAGAUGUAGUAUCGGAAAAUGCGGAUAUUACAUCAAUUAUUAAAGAUGGUAAAGAAAUAAGUGUGUCACACAAUGACUGCUCCUCCCUGAUACAAUCAGCAAGUAUUGAUAGUUUCUCUACCAUCCAAGAUAUAGAAAACUUAUCUGAACUCAAUGUUGAUGAGAAUACAGAUUUGUGCAUUAAAAUUGACAAUCCACAAAAGCAUUUAGAAACCCUAGAGACCUUUAUUACUUUUAGAAUAACAUCAAAAGUAGCUAGAAUUGAAUUUUCAGAGAAUGAAUAUGUUGUCAGAAGAAGGUACAAUGACUUUCUUUGGCUCAGGCAGAAGCUACUGGAGUGCCAUCCAUUUUGUAUCAUACCACCAUUGCCAGCUAAGCACAGCCUAAUUGGCCAGCUAGACAGAUAUUCCAAAGAUUUUAUUCUAGUCAGAAUGAAGGCUCUUAAUGUGUUUAUUUCAAGAAUUGUUCAGCAUCCAAUAUUAAGUUGCAAUGAGUACUUUAAGUUAUUUAUCACUGUAAAACAACCUGAUUUUAAUUUGCUAAGAAGGCAGAGGUCUAACUCUGAUACCAAACAAGUUGCUCCCUCUUCAUUGACCCAUGCUACAUUAAAAAACAAGCAUAUUGAAUUUGAAAAGAUCAAAACUUAUUUAAAUCUCUUGGUUGAAAAGGUGAACGCUUUUGAAAAGAUCUCCAACAGAAUUUACAAAGAGAGGAAUGAACUCAUGGUGGAGUUGCAAUAUUUCUAUCCUCAUUUACAGUACUGGGCAAAUACUGAACCAGAAUUAGCAAAGUUGUUGAAUUCCAUUGCGCAUUCAACGGUGAAGAGUCUAAGUGCCCAGAAUGAGUUAGUUGCACAAUAUCCUAAUUUAAUCGCAACGCCAGUUAAAGAUUUUAGUACUUAUGUUGAUGUAGUACAAGAAGCACUGCAGAAAAGGGAAGGACACCAGGCCAUCUAUGAGAGUUCUGUAGAGGAAUUGAAUAAAAAACGUGCUGACAAGGAUAAAUUAAUGCCUGGUGGUCAACCAGUUCAAGCGCAAUCAUCUGGUUUUUCCCUAUGGAAGCAACCAACUAGUGAUGAAAAACUCGAAAAGUUAGGAGUGACCAUCCCACAGUUGACUAAGAAAAUGGAAAGCAAUCAAGACAACUUAGAAUGCGCCAAUGAGCAACUGAGAAGCGAUGUUGAACGCUGGCAGAUGGAGAAGCAGCAACUGAUUAAAAAGAUCUUAUUAGAUUUUGCGAACAAACAGAUCGAGUACUACGAGCAGAGUGUGAGUGCCUGGGAAAGUGCAAGGAAUCGUGUAUCUCAAAAUGUUGCCAAAUAAUAGAAAUAGAAGAAAAAAAAAAUACAAUUUACAUCCAUCCAAUCUCAUUUACGAUUGCAUAUUUUUCUACUUACAUUGUUUUUGUUGUUAUUUUUUUUAUUAAUGUUUACUUAUGUUGAUUUACUUAUUAAUAUUUUGUUUCAAUACUUGUUCAACAUUUACCUGGAUAACUUAUUGAUAAUAAAAAUUUCUGACACAAA